AUGGACAAUGCUGAUAAAUAUGAUGCCUUUAUUACGUGUGGUGGCGAUGGGGUCAUGCAUGAAUUACUGCAAGGCAUAUAUCACCUGCCUGACGGGCAAUACCUCAUUAAACACUUGAGGUUCGGCAUGCUCCCUGGCGGCAGUGGUAAUGGUUUGAGCACUAGCGCUGUGUACUCCUCGGAAAAAGACUUUUUUGGGGAUAUUGCUGGCUUUGUUGGUGACUUCAAUGCUGCUAUGCGUCUCAUAUUAAGGGGGAAGACGACAUCAGUAGAUGCGGCUAUGAUCAGUGUUGAUGAUGAUAGUGCUGAGAACAAGACCAUUAUUGGUUUCCUCAAUGCCACUUGGGGAUUUUUCUCUGAUGUUGAUGUUGAAUCCGAAGCAUUUCGACUCAUUGGCGAUGCACGGUUCACAUUAUAUGGAUUGUGGCGCGUUCUUUGGCUCCGUCACUAUGUUGGGAAAGUAUCGUACGUCCUCAGCUCAGAUGUUAAGGAGCCUCUCAAUGGGCUACCACCAGAAGACAGCCCUUUGUGGACUACUGAGGAAGGGGAUUUUGCCGGAGUCUGGCUGAACAACCUGUCCCAUAGUGCUCCCAACCUUAUGAUAGCUCCUCAUCAAGAACUGAAUGAUGGACAAUGGGCAUUGCGUUGUCCACGUCGGGAAGACUUUGGCCUGGUGAAGUUCGCACGAAGCUCGAUAACUAUAAGCCAAGGGAAGGAGACAGUGUUGGCACCAUCGUGGGCCGAGAAGUGUGUGGUGGCAUGGAAGAUUGAGCCUGUUGAUGAGGGUGUCCUCAACAGAGGUGUUGGUUUUUGUACAGAUGGGGAGGUCAUCCCAAAGGGUAAGAUCACAGCAUACGUCGUGCCAGGACUGUUGCGUGUCUAUGCGGACCCUCAGAGUUAGCGUUAUGUCAAUCGCGUUCCAUUCUCCAAUUUCUACUAGUUGUUUGAAUA